AUGACCACAUGGGUUCUGCCAGUCGUAGCGCUCCUGAGCCAGCUUCCCUACAUGUCUUUGUCAGAACGCAAAAUCAAGAACUUGGAAGCAUUCGGAAACUGGGUCGGGUCACCAGCUGCGGCGCUCACAACGACAACCUGGAACAUUCUUAUGAUCCGCAAGUGUCGAAUCCUAGCAAAGCCUAGUCCUGUGCACAGAGACACGCUCUACAUUCUCAGCUGUAUCAAUCAAUACCAGUAUCCAAGACGGUCGAAAGGCGGCAACGAUAAUCGCAGGGACGUGGCACUGCUUCGAGGCAUACUCUAUCCCUACCUCCAGGACAGUGAGAAGUUGCCGGAAACUCUACGAAAGAAACUCGAAUGUCUUCUACUUUCCUGGAUGCCCACGCUGGUCCUGGCCACCAUAAUCGACCGCAACCCCGUUUCGGAAACAAGGUGUGGUAUCCUGAUACAACGCUGGCUCUACAACGUCGAUGCUCUUUUUGCAGCAGAAGCUCUAGGGAUGGGAAACAUUCCGGAAAUUCAUGCUUCGAGCACAGGCGAACUUACUGUUGACGACUGUGGGGACGAGGACAUUGGUCUGCUACCGAUUCGAGAACCGGGAAACGUAUACCCUGCACGUCGGCAGGAUACUGAGCAACGAGUCGCUGCCGAAUCAAUCGUCAACACGAGGCAAUGGCAUAAAGGUGCGGAAAUGCGGGACUUCUGUGUAGGAGACUUUGUGGGACAGGGCCGAAGGAUGCGAUACUGCGCGGUCGCUGAUACGGUCUUGGAUCUGAUACUCCACCGCAAGAUUCCACGAUUGAAUGAUCUUCCUGGUGACUUCGAAGCCUAUCACUUUCGUGAGGCGCUACCAAAUCGGCCUCAAGAAUGGUACCUGGUUUGGUUGGUCAGUCAAUUUCUGGUCGGAGCAGGCUACGCAACUGCAUUUGUGGUUUCGUUCAAAACUCCAACCAUAGGCUUAGGCUGUCGCACCCUAUCCUACACAACGUGGUACCUACUAAGCUUCUUCAGUUGGCUAUUUCUAGGCAUCUGGCAAGAACCACCGAAGUACGUACGCGUGUUUGCAUGGAUACCUAAUGCUCUAGCAACACUUGCACUGUUCAGCAUCAUGCUCCUUCAGACAAUCGGAGGGCUGAACAACUGUCGCUGCAAGUCAAGCACAUUCGGCUCAUUUGAUUAUGGCGGCUACAUGGACUUUGAGAACGGCGAGUUUUAUCACCGAGCCUAUGCAGUACAGGAGGUCUGGGCUUUGGCGACAACCUUCGGCUUACUGAUUGCUGGUUGUGCUAUCUUGUAUUUCGGGAGACGGUGGUCUCGAGACUCGGAUUUAUGGAGCGUCGAUGAAGCUUUUGAGCCUCCAGUGGUUGAGGGCGUCGAUCUACUUUGGUUGAUCUAG